AUGGGAGGGCCGCACACUCGGUUGCUGCUGCUGCAACCAAGGCGACAGCUUAACACUGGUAAUGUGCUCUCACGCCAAUUGGUGCGCAGUGUCUAUCCCGCAACGAUUAAACGGCCCCGUGACCCAUCACCAUCUGAACUGCUUCGAUUCGCCCUCACGGAUUCAACUGAGCCAAUUCAUGACUCAAAUACUAACGACGCAUUAUCUGGGUACCUUCGUGGCCUGUUUGUCACCGAAUGGAAGUUAAAAUCUCCACCUCCCCCGUUGUGGACCUCCCUCAAAGGGGUCACAUCGCGGAACCAAGAGUUGUUGUGGGAUGCCAAUGGCGACAUCGCCGAUGUCUCUUCCUUGCGAAGUCUAAUUGAGAGAUAUGUCAAGCACAGACGUGGAGCAGAGAUCUUGCAGAUACAUAAUUGCCUGCCAUUACAUCACGCUUUGCGGCGCUGUCAACGAAACAACACAUUAGCAGAAAUCCUGUCGGUGCUACGUGACUUGUUUGCGAGACUGAAACGUCUCCAGCUUCCUAUCCAUCCUGAGAUGUACAAUAUAGCGUUGUCCUUUGCGUCUUUUGAUCUUUCAACUUCAGAUCUCAGGCACUUCUUGGAUGGCCACCGCCACAUAGGCGCUCCAGCCCUAAGUCCUAAGCAAAGUUUGCGGAUAAUCCGAUAUUGCUCUGAAGCACUUGAUUGCAAAGCUUUUGAGGAACCCUACUAUGAUCCCAAUCCCAUACUUGCUGAGAUCACAGGCGAAGGAGAACUCGUGGUUCAAAAUCACACUUUGCAUGAUACCUUGUUCUGGAUGCAACCUACCGAUCAAAUUGGCGACCGAUUCAAUUCUGAAAAUAAAGCCCAGGAAUAUAUAUGUCUACUUGCUAGGCUUGGGAGUGAUGAGGUACUUCACAGAUGCUGGUCUCAUUUCUUGAAGAACAUUCAGCCUAAAGACUAUCAAAGCUGCAUCGCUGCCUAUCAGAUAGUGCUAGCUCUAGUCCAUAAUGUUCAGUCCGAAACAGCAGUGAAAUGGUUAGAAGAUAUUUCCCAACAUUGCGGUGAUAACCUGCCAUCCAUUGCGAAGUUUCCGAAUAUUCGAUCCCUCCUUGAUGAUCCUAUUGUGGGCGAGGCAUUACCUGACCUAGUGAGGGGAGAGGACUACCUCGAACUACUUGAGUCUUGUCUUGAAGACAUGGAUCGAAGAAUGGGUGUUCAAUGGAGCCCUGAAAGUCAAAGCCAUUUCAGUACAGCCUUGGACUCCUCAGAAUCAAUAUGGGAAGCAUUUGACGACCAACUUUUGCCCAAAAUCGAUAACAAGUCUGUUGACUCUGACCAUGGAGGACAGUUGUAUGCAGAGCUUCGCGCUCAUGGCUGCUCCAAGUCUCUGGCUGCACUGGGCAGGGUCGUAGAUCUGUUGAAUUACCAUGACGGACAGUCCUGGAAGAUCGUUACUCAUCUUGAUUACGAUCCGGCACGGCUUGAUAAAUUUCGCUCAAAGUAUGAAUCUCUCGAACUCCGAUGGGUACCAGGACACUCACCGAUUGAAUUUUCUAACUCCCAAAUUCCGGCGCUGCGUGAUUCGUCCGAGCCUAUGACCCCAUCUACCCUAGGGCUUAUUCGGGCUCGUUUGAUCAUUCACGGAGUUCCUCAAAUGGGGAUCGGCAACUUACAUUUGAUGCAACUUGGCUGCAUGGAUAUGCGGUAUGGUCCGGACGAGCCAUGGCAGCCAUCGGGUUACAUCGUAGUUUGGGACCGUCAUUACGGGGAACUCCUCGGGCUUUAUGUUGGGCAGAACGACGGGGUCAUUGACUGUGGGCCAGCCCCUUCAGAUGGCCCUCUUGGUGCAUUGAUGCAUCUCACGCUCUCAGCCAAUCCUAACGAGCGGACAUUCUCUCCCAGUGGCACGCGCAUGCAUGCUCGGAAUCGCUGGGGUCCUUAUUAUCUGGAUGUAGAUCCAAGUGCGGAUUUAGAGUGUUGA